AUGUCUUCCUCUGCCUCUUCCUCCCCUUCCUCUUCUUCCCCUUCCUCUUCUUCCCCUUCCUCUUCUUCCUCUUCUUCUUCCCCUUCCUCUUCUUCCUCUUCUUCUUCCCCUUCCUCUUCUUCCUCUUCUUCUUCCCCUUCCUCUUCUUCCUCUUCUUCUUCCCCUUCCUCUUCUUCCUCUUCUUCUUCCCCUUCCUCUUCUUCCUCUUCUUCUUCCCCUUCCUCUUCCUCCUCUUCUUCUUCCCCUUCCUCUUCCUCCUCUUCUUCUUCCCCUUCCUCUUCUUCCUCUUCUUCUUCCCCUUCCUCUUCUUCCUCUUCUUCUUCCCUUUCCUCUUCUUCCUCCUCUUUUUCCUCUUCUUCUUCCCCGUCAUCUUCCUCUUUUUCUUCCUCUCCUUACCCGUCAUCUUCUUCUUCUUCCUCUUCUCCUUCCUCUUCUUCUUCUUCCUCUUCUUCUUCCUCUUCUUCUUCCUCUUCUUCUUCUUCUCCUUCCUCUUCUCCUUCCUCUUCUUCUUCCUCUUCUUCUUCUUCUCCUUCCUCUUCUCCUUCCUCUUCUUCUUCCUCUUCUUCUUCUUCUCCUUCCUCUUCUUCUUCCUCUUCUUCUCCUUCUUCUUCUCCUUCCUCUUCUUCUCCUUCCUCUUCUUCUUCCUCUUCUCCUCUUUAUUUUGGAGCACGUCACCAAGCCCCGCGAUCCUCCUCGGGUGUGGCGAAAGUCCGAGUCGAAGUGAGGGAGUUCGAGACCGCCCUCGUGGGGUUCCUCAGAGCCUCAGCAGCGGCGGUUGGCAGCGCCCGCGCGCUCUCUGCUCAAUGUCCGUCCCGAACAGACGCCGCGACAGCACUCCCAACCCCUGCCUCGUCUCCCUCCUCUUCGUCCUGUCCUUCCGCUGCCUCUCUCCAUCCUUCCAGUGCCUGCCGGACCGCCGUUUCCGCUGCCGUCGCGGGCGGCGAGAAACUGCUGCGGCAGACCCAGGCGCUUCACCAGUCUCUCGGUCUCCUGUCUCCUUCUCUCUGGACCUCCCGCUCGAGUUCCUGCAAACUCGGGGACGGCGCCUGCGGGAGUGCGAAGCCGCGAGACGCCCCAGAGGCCCAAUCAGCCGGUGGACCCGUCGAGGACGCGGAGAACCAGGCGCCGCAGAGGGAGAAGACAGUCACAGUCCUGGUCGCCAAAAAGGUUGCGGCAGGUUUCCUCUCUCUCCACGAACUGGGGAUGCAGCUUGUUGCCUGCCUCGAACGUCUCGAGCAACUCGACCGCGAACGUUCUGCCUCUUCGCUGUCGGCGGCUGCCCCCGUGAUCGAUGUCUCUGCCUUCCGCCCGCUAGUCGAAGUUCUUUUUCCUGCCUUUGCAGCGCUUCUCCUCAUCUGCCAGCGUGUCCACGAGGUGUAUCGACAGCGGCGCAGCCCCGACGAGGCCGCAGCGCCUGCGUCCUUGGCGGCGUCGCCUGCGUCUUCUUUCCUUUCGUUUGUCUUUGGCGGCGCGCUCGUUCCCGCAAUUCGCUUUCUGUCUCUCGCGGCUGUCAAGGCGAGCAGCGGCUGCCUUCUUCAAAUCCUCGCCUUCCUCCGUCUCACCCUCUCACACGCCUGGCCUCUCCACGUUCUCGCGCACGUCGACGCUAUCGUCCUUGCUUCGCAUCCUCCACUCUCUAUUUCGUCCGCUCCUGCCUCUUCUCCAUCGGCCUCUCCUUCUCCAACCGCGCCUUCUCCUUCCUCUGCCUCGCAUUCUUCUUCAUCCCAGUCUUCUUCAUCUCACUCUUCUUCAUCGCCUUCGCCGUCUUCGCCUUCACCGCGUGCUGAUGGAUCCUCUGCGGGCCCUGAGUUUGCUGUUGCUCCGGUCAGGGAGGCGCCCGGUGCGUCUCUAUCGGCGGUGGCGGUUUCCUGUUUUCUUCACGCCGUGCCGCGCGUGCGCGGCGACCCUCCGUGCGGCGUCGUCCUCGGCAUCGCCAUCCACGAUCUUCUCCAGCUUCUUCUCGCUCCCGCCUCGGCGGUCUCGCUGGACCGAGAUGCACUGCUCCUGGUCCUCCAGUGUCUGUACACAUCAGCCGAGAUCCUCGAUCUCCCCCUCGUUCUGCACGACUCGUCUGAUACGCAGCUCGGCCGCUCUCCCUCUCGCCCCGAGGACUCUACCGCCUUGACUUGCGCUCCGUCCCUUUGCGCGGCAUUGUCUGUUAAUAACCAGUGGAGACUCGCCGAGGCUGCGGAAAAGCGGAAGUGGACGCAAGCGCUGUUGAUCCAGUUCUACCCGGGGGUCAUCACGGCGGUCUCGACUUUCCUUUCCCAUCCCCGCACCCAACCUCCGCGAGCUCUCGCGCUUGCGCUCCUCGUCCUCACACGAUGGAUCUCUGCUCUCCUGAAGACCGACUCGACUAGUGUGUCUCCGCCUCUCUCUGCUUCCGCACCUCCCCUCCUGCCUUCUCUGCCUUUGUCAGCGUCUUCCCUCACGGGCGUGUCAGAUCAGUCGGUCUCUCUGCCGAACCUCGAAGAAGCCGCGACGACGCUAGAGGCCGAAGCGCGCCUGCAGCGGCUGCGAGAGCUCGCGAAGGAUGCCUGUCUCUCAGACCCUCAGAGGCACCAGGCAGCCGCUCGCGGAGCCGGAGCAGCAGGCGUUGCUGAAGAAGAGCGGCAGGAGGAGGAAGAGAAAACAGAACCAGGACACUUGCAGUCUGACAGAGGCUUCAGCUUUCCAGUCCUGCGCGGGCUUCAGCGCGAGUCCGAGCGAAGCCGCGGCCGACCCAAUCCCCCGGAGCCGCACAAGCCUGGGAAGGCGGAGAGAAGGCUCAAUCUGCUCCUGCAGGACGCCGCGAAGCACACGUCUGAGAAAAUGAUUAGCCUUUUGGGUCCGUCGCCGCUGCCUCUCGUAGACUGGCGAAUCCGUCUAGGGCGCCUCUACCUUGCCGCGAGUCUCGUCGGUAGCUGUCGAGAGUUUGUCAGCACCGCCUGCAUCUUCGCCGCGGUCGAGGUACUUCUCCAAGCACUCGCAGACGACCAGGACGAGCUUGCAGAGAAGGCGCGAACUGUGUUGGUGGUCAAUCGCCUUCCCCUUCCCCUCGCCUUCGCGCCUUCCCCCCUCGCCCCGUACUCCUCCUCCCCUCCGUUCCCUGCUUCCCUCCCCGGCGAUCGCUGGCUCCACGACCUCCUGUGCCCGCCGCACUCCGACGCUUCCUCGUCUUGCUCCACUACUCUCCACACUUUGGACUCGGUGUUCCCACCCUCAGCUUCGUCGUCCUUUUCGCCUUCUUCACCUUCUUCUUCAUCGCCUUCCACGUCUCCCGCUUCGGCUUUUGCUGUCCGUCCGGGUUGGCUCCUGUGUUCCUCGGCACUUGUGCCGGCCGUGUGCGAUCCGGACAUUCUGGGGGGGAUGAAGCUUCGUUUCAUUUCCUCUCUGGAGUCUGCCGGGGCCUCGGCGCUCGCCGUGUUCUCUUCGUCGCUUCGGGCGUCGCUGCGCCUGGACACGCGUCCUGCAUCCGCGAGUCCCGCGACGCGGCUCCUGCGCCAGCAACAUCUUCAAAGAGAACUGAAAAAGGUGGGGGGGUACCUGAGAGUUAUGGCCGCCGAGACGCCUCGACCGCACGCCGAUGCGCCGGUCGCGCCCCGUUGCCGAGAGCGCGCGGGCGUGGAAAAAAGUUACGCGUGGCUGCUGCCGUCGGAGCGGCUGGUCUGGGCAGUCUUGAGGCUCUCUGCGCCGCAACCGGAGAUUAUUUCUCAGCGCAUGCAGCACCACGGGCUGCUGGAGAGGCACGUCUGGGCGACCCCCACCCACGGAGAGGCCGAGCCACCCGAAGAAGCCGGGAAAUCGAGAGGCGAAACCUCGCUGCUUCUCCUGCCUCUUCCGUUGCGCGCGCUCCAAGAAGAUCCUCUUUCUGCGCAGCUGCUGCCGAGGUCUGUUCCCCGGCCCCCGCCGAGUCGCCCGAAAACGCGCCUCGAACGCAGAGCAGAGAAACGCGCAGACGACGAGAGAAACGACGGAAGGUCCAGGAGCUGGGGCACCGUGCUGGCGGGAGGGAACGGCGCUGACGAGGCUCAAUCAGGGGGGCGUAGGCCCUGUCCAGGCUGCCGAGAAUUUCACCGCUGGCAACGCUCCCGGGCCGUGUGUCGCUGUUCUUCUCUUCAAGAGUCUGAGGUGUGCAACUCCACCAGCAUCCCGUCAGACGCGCCGUGGGGAGAAGCCGACCAGCCGCGGGAAACUGACCUCGAUGCGCAACUCGUUUUUCCCUCCCUCCAAGGCGCAGGCGGAGACGAAGCGUUGGGGGCCGUCCUCCAGGAAACUCUGGAAGCGCUCUUCGCUGUCCUGCCUCCACCGUCUCGCGCGGCGCUCUUCUCGGAUCUUCUUUCCUUUUUUUCGUCGUCGCCCACCUCGGGACUGCGUGCGUCUUCUCUUGCGUCUCCCAGCCGCUCUUCGCCGCCUCCCAACGCUUGCCCUCGAGCGCCCAUCCGCACGGCGGGAAGCACCUGCGAGACGCCGGCCCGCAUCGCAGGCCUCACGCGUGCGGGCGGCAAGGGCGAAGGCCGCCACGAGGCGAUUUCCAAAACUCGGCACCUCCCAGACUGGCUGCGGCGCGCCUCGGCUCCACCCCAGCAGACGCCGACUCCCUCUGCACUUGCCCCACCGUUCGCCUCUUCUUUCCUGGAGGCGUUUGCGGCCGAAAUCGCGGCGGUCUCUCCGCUGACUGCGUCGUCGCUCGGGAUGCUCCUGGUCCUUCGGUGCGCCAGCCUCUUUGCGCUCUCCGCGGCGCUUCGCGCGGCUCUUCUCUCGCUGUGUCACGCGCCGUCUCUCUCCAGCAGGCCUGGGGAGACGGGCGACGCGGAGGCGACUCACGGGCCCCAGGGCGAGACGCGAGAAGACAGCGGAGGCGCGGGAGAGCGCGGAUCCGCAGAGUCCCCACAUCCGCUCGAGGGAAACGUCGAGGGCGACACUGCGACGGCCAAAGGCCACGAAGGACGGAAGGUUUUCCGCGGCGAACGCGAAUGUGCGCGGUGCACUGCGCCUGCAUGCCCGCUCUUCUGGUGUUCGUACACUGGUGCGGUCGGCACGGGGCUGAUCGCCACGCGAGGGGAGGGCGGGCCGUCGGCGUUUUGCAGCGAGGCGCGUGACUCCGAGAAGGCGGAAACGCCUCGCCACGAACGCGCGCAAGCGGUGCCCUUCUUCCCAGUGCAUCAGAUCGAGUUUCUCAUCGAUCUCCUUCUGGAGGCGAAUGCGUUGGCGGCCGGCGAGGGACCAGCUGAGGCUCUUGCCGUCUCGAUUGCCUCAGACGUAGGCGCGAAGGUCCGCAGCGAAGAUGAGGACGAGAAGACACACGCUGAACGCGCUACGCGACCGGCGCGUGACAACGAGAAACGUCGAGAGGAGGGCGACGAAGAGGGAGAAGCCGGAGAAGAGCGAGAAGACGGAGAAGCGCGAAAAGAGGGAGAGGAAAGAAGUGAAACAGACAGCCGGAAGGAGGACGGGGGUGGCCGAAGGAAAGACGGGGGCGAAGAGGCGCAGGCACGGGCUGCAUCGUUUCUUCUUGCUGGAGACGAGGCCAGCGGCGAUGCCCCGCGAGGGGAGGGAAACAAGAGCCAAGCCGCGCGAGAGGGCCUGGGAGCGUUUGCGGCGGCUGAGAGCGAGGACGCAGAUGAAGCAGUGGCAGGUCGAGCCGGGGAAAGCGAGGACGGAAAGGCGGUGGACGAAACCCGAGACGGCCUCCAGGUUGGCGAGGAAGAAACGACGAAGCGUGUGUCUCGUCUAGGCCUUGCCCCUCAUUCCUCUUCGAGCACGCACAAAGAAGAGAGAGAACGAACGGCGCGAUUCCGGCGUGAGGCGGAGAGGUGCGAGCGGCAGCGGGAGGCCGCGGCCGCUGUGUUUCCUCUUUCCCGUUCUCUGGUUAGUUUCUACCGUGUUCUGCUGCUUCGCUGUCUCGACCUAGCUCUUCAGCUUCUCGGGAAACUCGGCGGAAAGGCGCCGCUCGCAAAGCUCCUCCCGUUCCUCCUCUUUCCGCUGUAUCGACACCUCGGAAGCCACGCGAGUCGCGCGGUUGCAGGCGCGGCGUACUUUGCGCUCCUCUCUGUCCACAGCGCUCUGAACGAGUCGGGGAACGCCCACGCGACUCCCUCGGCAGCCCACCUCGCCUCUGCGUCGCCAAGCCGUCGGCCCGCGCCGGCGUCUGUCUCUUCUGCCUUGCCUUUUCCAGCGGCUUCGCCUGUCGGCUGCCUUUUGUCGGCGCACGGCGACCUGUUGAUCGACGCAGUGGCAGAGUGUCUUCACCGUCUUUCUCCAGAUGCGUCGGCGUCUCCUUUCCACUUGUCCCGUUCUUCGUCCGCGUGGCCUCGCGCGCUUGUCGACUCCCCGCCUUCGCCGCCUGCUUGGGCGUCGCUCUCCGCUGCGUCCGCAGCCUCCGCCGCUGCGGACAUGCGCGAGAGCGACGUCGCCUCGCUGCUCCUCGCCGUCGUGGCCUUCGCGCCGCCCUCGAUGAUUCCCGCCCUGUCGGAUCUUGUCGGUCUGUUGCUGCAGCGGCAGUCCCAGCAGAAACAGGCGCAGCUCCAGAGCGUCCUCGCCCGACUGUCUCCUGGCCUCGGGGCACUCGCGCCUUCUGCCUCGCUUCUAACCUCUUCGCGCGUCGCCCGCUCCAGCGUUGAGCUUUGCGGCGGCGAAGCCGACCGGUCGUUGGACGCGCGGCCGGGCGGCUGGCUCGUUCGAGAAGUCGACCUGAAACCCCUCGACGAAACCGACCCCGGCGACGCUCCCUUGUGGCUCUUGCGUGUCCUCGCGGCUCUCAGCUUUCUUCUCACCCGGCGCGUGGCAGAAGAUCGGUGCCGACGAAGACGCAGACGGCGGGAGCGGCGACGGCUCGCCUCCCAGCAGCGCCGAGACGACCCACGCGAGCUCGCAAAGACGGAGCCUGUGACGCGCGUCUCGACCUCAACGGAAAGAUGUGGACCUGCGGCGGAGCCCGCCUCAGCGUCUCUCCGUGAGCGGGCGCGUCAGCGCUCCGUUUCUCCCCUUUCUUGCGCUGCGCGUUCCUCUGGACUUCUCCCUGUUCGCUUUCCGCCGCCGUUUGAAUGGCUGCUGAACCCCGCGCGGCUCCGACGUGAGCGCGGGAAGGAACAGCUUCUCGCAGAGCGCCGGAAAGGCCGAGGCGACUUGAGCGCGCGCCGGGAGGAGACGCCCAGUGAGGCCAGCGACGACAGCACGUCGUCGGACGAAGACGAGGUCAGCGGCGAGACCGAGAUGCCGCUGUGGGGCUUCGACGAGGAUUUCAGCGUCGAUCAGGAAGCCGACGAGAGCGAGCUAGGGAGCCCAGAGGAGGAAGAGAAGGAACGAACGGACGACGGCGAGGAGGUCAACGAGGAAUUGUUCUUGGAAGACAUGAAGCGCGCGGCUGCUUUGGGGGACGGCGACGUCCGAGGCGUUCUGGAAAAAUGGAAACACAAGCUGUUGUCGGUGCACCAGGCGGAGACAGCGAAGAAACGCGAGAAGACGAAGGCGAACGCAAACGUGUUGAGGCCGAGAAAGAACUGGGCGCAACAGGGACAAUACGGGAGUCUAAGGCUUCAUGCGACCCGAAUUCUCAUGCGCAUUCGUCUUCUCCUUCACACCGAUCCCCGCCCCGCAGCCGGCGUGUACAUACACCUCACCACGCUACGGUGUAUCUACGUCCUCACUACCCGAAAGCGCGAACUGCUUCCACGCACCCACGAGAUCUGGCCCUCGCUGCUGCCGUCUCUCAGCCCCACAACACCAACGCCUAUCCUCGUCAUCACACUAGCUGUCGUCCACGUCAUGGCUGCAAGCGCGGGAAGCUUUGUGCGAGAACGGAUGGAGCACGCGUGGCUUUCUCUCCUUCUGCUUCUCGCUUCCCCGGCUUCGGCCUUCUCCUCGUCCUUCCUCUCCUCGGUCAUGGGCGAGGUGUUGUUCUCUGCAUGCGUCUGCCUCCACCGCGCGGCAGCGCCGUCCCUCCGCUCCCAGGCCUGCCGCCUCCUCCAUCGCCUGAACUGCAUCGAUCCUCAAGUGCCGCUCUUUGUCGUCUCCAACCUCACCGAGAUCUGCUCCCGCCUUCAGACGUCUCUUCCUCCCUCGCGUUCCCCCUCGAGUUCCUCUACGCAUUCUCCCCCUUCUGCAGUGUCGACAGACCGUCUGCUCCGGCUGGUCAGCUUUUGCACUGCGCGACGGCAUUUGGUCCCUGCGAAGUGCUGGCGACGCGUUGCGGAGAAGGCGAGCCUUCCCCUGUUAGCGAAGCUCAGACGGGAAAUGCAGCAAGACCAGAGGGCGCAUUUCCUCUCUGCUUCCUGCGCCGCUGCCCGCGAAACGGCAGACUGCGAAAACACAAACUUGGCCUCAGACGCACCUGGCGCAAUGGCGGAAAAAAACGGAAACGCCGAGAGACCGAGCGACGGAUGCGCAGAUGCAGAAACACGAUCGCAGCUCACAGACACCCCGCGCGAGACGGACGCUGAAGGCGAGGAUGACCACGACGAGGAGCUGACACAUGCAGACGAAUCACAGGCGAUGCAACGACGGAGAAAGGCGAGCGGCUGGUCGCGCCGCUCUCUGCUCCAGGUACCCUACGGCCCUCUCGGCGAGCGGUUCCUCCAAAUGGAAGCUGACGAGGAAGAGUUGACAAAAGUCCAAGAAGCACUGCGGAAGUGCAGCAAAACGAACAGGCGCAACGAAACUGUGGCGACGAACGAGACCAAAGGGGGAUGUGAGCAACGGUGA